AGAUAAAACGACAAAGUCCCGAAAGUGGGUUCUACAGAGAGAGAGAGAGAAGUGGGCAGUUUUAUUGGGUUUUGGCGUUGAAGGUUGAAAGCAGAACCACCUCACCCAGCAAAGCUGCUUCAUUUGGGCUCUCAGACAGAGAGAGAGAGAGAGAGAGAGAGACAGGGGUCUUGUGUUGCUGGGUAAUGAUCAAUGUGCUUGCUUGAGCUCUAACCUUGCUGCGUCUGUGUAUAGUGUAGCACUGUGAGAGUGAGAGAGAGCUCUGAUUUUUGAGCUUUUUGGGUCUUUGUUUUGCUGGGUUUACCAAUGGAGUUUGCUGGGUGCAGCAGAGGGAGCUCAGGGAGAGCUCUGGCUCUGGCCCUUUGCCUUUUGGCCUUGAUAUCUCUGUCUUGUGCUGCCAGAUUGAGUGCUUCUUCAAGGCAGAACCUUGAUGUCCAGAAGCACCUCAACCGCUUGAACAAACCCGCCGUGAAAAGCAUCAAGAGUCCAGAUGGAGAUAUUAUAGACUGUGUUCGUAUAUCUCAACAACCGGCUUUCGAUCACCCUUACCUCAAAGACCACAAAAUCCAGAUGAGGCCUAGCUACCACCCAGAAGGGUUGUUUGCUGAGAACAAAGUGGCUGAAAAAACAAAAGAAAAAGCAAAUACCCAGCUGUGGCAUGUGAAUGGGAGAUGCCCGGAAGAUACUAUUCCGGUAAGGAGAACGAAGGAAGAUGAUAUUCUGAGAGCGAGUUCAGUGAAACAUUAUGGAAGGAAGAAGCAGAGAACCAUACCAAAAUCUGCAGAUCCUGAUCUUGCCAAUGAAAGUGGUCAUCAGCAUGCAAUUGCUUAUGUCAAUGGAGAUAAGUAUUUUGGAGCUAAGGCAACCAUAAAUGUCUGGGAGCCCAAGAUACAACAGCCUAAUGAGUUCAGCUUGUCUCAGCUGUGGGUAUUAGGAGGGUCUUUUGGUGAAGAUCUGAACAGCAUUGAAGCUGGCUGGCAGGUCAGCCCGGACCUCUAUGGUGACAACAACACAAGACUGUUUACCUACUGGACUAGUGAUGCAUAUCAAGCCACCGGUUGCUACAACCUCCUCUGCUCAGGCUUCAUUCAAAUCAACAGCGAAAUAGCAAUGGGUGCAAGCAUCUCUCCCGUUUCGGGUUUACGAGGAUCGCAGUAUGAUAUCAGCAUACUCGUCUGGAAGGAUCCAAAGGAGGGGCAUUGGUGGAUGCAAUUCGGGAACGACUAUGUGCUGGGUUAUUGGCCUUCGUUCCUCUUCUCAUACUUGGCUGACAGUGCUUCCAUGAUUGAGUGGGGAGGUGAGGUUGUGAAUUCACAACCGGACGGCCAGCACACAUCGACCCAAAUGGGCAGCGGACGUUUUCCGGAGGAAGGUUUUGGCAAGGCAAGUUACUUCAGAAACAUUCAAGUUGUUGAUAGCUCAAAUAAUCUCAAGGUCCCCAAAGGGUUGGGCACCUUCACCGAGCAAUCAAACUGCUAUGAUGUUCAAACUGGAAGUAAUGGGGAUUGGGGUCAUUACUUUUACUACGGAGGACCCGGUAAAAACCCGAAUUGCCAGUAAGGUGAAAAAGACCAUUUCACCCCUCUACUUUGCCCUAUGUGUAUCAUUCAAUCUAGCGUAAUACCUUUUUCUUUUUUCCGCUUUGUAUACCCUUCGUAUUUUUUUUCCUUUUAACUGUUUAGGUUGGUUGGGGGGUAGUAGCUUUUUAUGUAGUGGGAAGUUUUGACUCUUUGGUUUUUUAGUGAAAAAGAAUGUAUCUCUCUCCAUGUAAGUGGUGGGUGGGUGUGAAGAAGGUUGGCCAAGUUUCUCAAAAGCCUAAAGAAACAAGGGCCUUUUUCUCUUAUAUAGAACUCCCUCUGUAAUCUCCUUGUUUGUAUACACUCCAAUCUCUCCCUUGGAGUGGCUUGUUUAGUGAAAUUAAUCAACUUUCUGGGUCCAAAAUGUUGAGCAAAAGCAA